GAAGAAUUUAUCUUUCCGUGAUUUCUUAUGAUUUCUCAUUUUUUAUCAAUAAUUAUUGCAUUUGAAUUCCCCCCUACGCACAGACGACAUCCCACAGGUUGCAUUGCAUCGCUCUCCCGAUCCGCAGCGCCACCAGCCCGCCCUGUGGCCGCCAGGUGAACUGCGAGGACGAGGCGCGCGCUGUUCGGUGAGCGUCCGUCGCUGAAGAGACAACAAGCUCCGUCUGCAAGCAGCCCAGAGAGUCAGGAUGGACCAGGACAUGAUGAACAACACCGCGGGACGCUCCUCAGCGGGGGGGGACAACCUCAGCUCCUCGCUGGCCGGCAUGACGGUCAACGACCUCAACCACCAGGAGAACGGGCUGCAGGCCACGCAAGGCUCCAUGAAAGAGGAAGCAGCCGAUGCUAAUGUAGCUACCUCCAUAUCGGGGCUCUCUCAGGAAGAAAGCUACCUGCAACCUGAUGUCUUUAGUGGGGAGGUGCUCCUUGAGGAACCGGCCCAGGCUCCAGAGGCUCUGUGCGGGCCCUCAGACCCCGAGAGCGGCCCCUGUGAGGACCAUGUUCAGCUUGGUGCCUCUGGACCUGCUGCUUCAGAGCAAACGGAGCCCGACAUUAGCACCACUAGCACCAUUAGCGAGCUAGCUCCAGCCACCGAGAGCGACCCAGGGCCCGGCAAGGGGGCCAAUGGGAAGGGGGAUCGCCUCAGGAGCCCUGGAGCUGAGGAAGAGGACGCUGGAGUGAUGAUGAAGGAUGAGAGUGGGAGGAGUAUGACUGACCCUUCAUGGCCGUCCCAGGACCCGGGGUGCAGCGCCGCGGCCGGGGACCCCCUGGCCCACGGCGGGAGCCCCGGAGUGCCCGACUCCCAGCGAGCCAUCAGCCUAGACGCUGCCGAGUGCCUGGAAGAGUCCAACCAGGCUCUGGUCCGCAGCGCCGCCCUGGAGGACCUCACCUCCAUCGGGGAGAAGAAGAGGCUCUGGGGCGACCCGGGGCAAGAGGACGACUCGCAGCCACGGCAACCCCCGGCAGAACACCAGCCUCCUCCUGAAGAACAUCGGACCGUGAACGGGGCGAGCAAUGGGGUCACUUCAGAACAUCUGCAUUCCCCCGACCCCACGAGUUGCGAGGUGGCUCCGGACGACCCCUCUGAAGAACCCUUAGAAUGGCCCUCAGACCUUGAGGGGAUGCGUGAGGCCCCACACGCUGCACACCUCAACGGGGGAUCUGACGAGGGACAGAGAGCAGACCAGACGUCGGGAGACGAGGCUGAGGGGAGGGCAGAUGUUUGUACGGAGUCACAGGUGAACGAUGUCACAGAGACCUGCAGAUCGACCGAAAACCUCCAGAAAAGCAGUUCACCGGCCAGAAGGUCGAUGGUGCCGGUCCCUGUGGUUAAAGCAAAGAUUGACAACACUGGAGAGAAGAAGACCCAACCCGCGACCACAGCUAGGCCCAGGUCUUGCCCUAAAAAGGUGCCUGCGUUACCCAAAGGCUCCGUAACUCGGGCCCCGCCCUCAAAUGGGACAGGCUCCAGCCCCAGGAAGCCGGUCGCUGCAGACCAGAGUCAGUGCAGACCUGCAAGUGCCACCAAACCUCAAGUUCCAGGAGCCAAGAUUCCCGCCAAAACAGUAGACGGCGCCAGUGGCCAGAGCAGCCCCAGCACCCCCAAGUCCCCGGGCAGCAUGACCCGGGCCGCACUGGAGGCCAACAAGGUGAAGAAGGUGGCGGUGGUCCGCUCAAGCCCCAAGUCCCCUGGCUCGCUGAAGAGCCGCUCCCCGGCGCCGCUGGCCGCCGCCGCCCCUCUGCCGGACCUGAAGAACGUCCGCUCCAAGAUCGGCUCCACAGACAACAUCAAGCACCAGCCCGGCGGGGGAAAGGUGCAGAUCCUUGACCAGAAGAUCGACGUUAGUAAUGCCCAGGCAAAGUGUGGCUCUAAAGCCAACCUCAAGCAUGUGCCAGGAGGCGGCAAUGUUCAAAUCCUGGAUAAGAAGAUAGAUGUGACCAAUGUCCAGGCCCGCUGUGGCUCAAAGGCCAACCUGAAGCACACACCUGGGGGAGGAAAGGUACAAAUUCUUGAACAGAAGCUGGACUUAAGCAAUGUGCAGUCUCGCUGUGGAUCCAAAGAUAAUAUUAGGCAUGUGGCCGGAGGAGGCAAUGUGCAAAUCGUGCACAAGAAAAUUGAUUUGAGCAACGUUCAGUCCAAGUGUGGUUCAAAGGACAACAUUCGCCACAAGCCAGGUGGUGGAAAUAUUGAGAUCAAGCAUGACAAAGUUGAUUUCAAAGUCCAGUCCAAAAUCGGCUCUCUGGACAACAUCGGCCAUGUUGCAGGAGGGGGCGGGAGGAGGAUUGAGUCCCACAAACUGACCUUCCGCGAGACGGCCAAGGCCCGCACGGACCACGGCGCCGAGAUCGUGUCUCUGGAGGACUCCCCCCGCCAGCUGAGCACCGUGUCGUCCUCCGGCAGCCUCAACAUGACCGACUCCCCGCAGCUCUCCACACUGGCCGACCAGGUGUCCGCCUCCCUCGCCAAGCAGGGCUUGUGAACCAGCAGCCCCCCCCCCCCCCCCCCCCCCCUCCCCCCGGAAGAGCCCAGCCUUCCUCGGCCCCUAGCCAAGUUUUCUAUCUUAAUUUAGCUCCCUCACAGAUAUCCCAAACCUUCAAGGUGUUACUUAAAAAGAAAAAAAAAGAAGGUAAAGAAUGUUGGCCAUGCGGUCGAGUUCACGUCUCUGUUGACCUCUGACCUGGUUAGGAGUUAGAGCAGUUUGAUGGAGGACGGCCGCAGGCUCGAUCCCCAGCCUCUUACCGUCAUCAUCCAUGUCCGAGUCUAAUGUCUUCACUCUUAAGUGGUCAAGUUUCCCAAAUGUCCUUUUUUCCGUGUGAUAUGUUCCCCGCCCCCUUCCUACACGUUGCGUAUUGAUUGGUAGAUAAGAUUGGAAUGCGACCUGUAAGGUCAGAAAAGUGUUAAAACAAAAAAUGUACAGGGUAUAAAGGAGAUAUUAGACUAAACGUUUAAAAUAAAAGCAUAAUUCUCGCUAAGGAGAUGGUAUAAACGCAGCGUUCUGUGCUCUACACAGAACCCUUGAACAGAACGGCUAGAGUAGAAAUGAUUCUUUUUCCCCCCGUUGGGCACAGGUUCAUAAGUGUAUUCUGUGGAUAUGACAUGUAUUUGAUAUGGAGAAACAUUUGUAUUGUGCCUGCUACUGUCAGUGUUAACUUAUUUUAUACCAUACUGCUGAAACUGUAACGCACCAAGCUUGACAUAGGGUGGAGAUUAUACUAGACACAUCUAGCGAGUGUAUAACCCAUGGCCAAUGUAGAAAACUAAAUAUCAAGUGAAGACUAGUUUAUUAUUGCUUGAUGAUUGAAACUUUGAUCACCCAUAUCACUACAGUAUAAAAGUUGUUAGGAUUAGAUAACGGGUGUUUAAAUGAUAACGUAGAGAAGGGAUAAAUGUUUGCAAUCUCCAAAUCAGUCCCACUAUAAAACAAAGAUAACCUGCUUAAGGAAAUGACAGCAGACACAUUUUGCUUUGAAUAGUAGGAUGCUCAUUUGAGUUUGCCAAAUUGAAUGCACUUCAGCUUGUCUCAAGGCCUAUUCCUAAACCCGCUGGGUGAUUUCCCCGUUAAUUAACCAACAGUGAAGAACGAGUCAAAGCCUCCCUAGAAAUCCUUAACAGAACAAGAUCCAGUCCUCAUCCGUGGGAAUGAACCCUGCAUGUAGUCCGUAAAGGUCCUCGCACGCACACACACCUUAGUGUCCUGUUCCCCUGCUGUGGAGAUCCCAGGGUCCACGGACUGUAUGUGCACAAGGGGUGGAGCAUCUUCCAACCAGUCCCUUCCCCGUCGUCCUACUGGUGUGACUCGGUUUAACAGACAUGCGGUGUCUCAGGCCGCAACCUUCACAUAAUAACCUGCAUGCUAAUAUAUCGGUUGUCUUGAAACACGACGGCACCAUCAGCGUGGCAGAUGGCGAGGAGGAUCAGGAGGAGUUAGAGACUGAGGAGGAGGAGGUGGUCCCAGUCUUGAUGAGGUGGUGCUCUUAUUUUGAACUAGAAAUAGCUUUCCGUUUGCGGUAAGAAAACUCAUCAUUUUGAAUUUAUUUUGACGCUGUACAGUCGUGGAAAUGUGAUUGCCAUCAGUAUUGUGGAUUUUACCAAUAACUGGUUUAUGACCUUGUUGCUGUAUGUGUAUUUGAAAAUAAAUGCUAUGAAAUCAC